CUCCAGAAGCCCCCUCCAUCUCUCCCUCCCAAGUGGACUAAUACUUGCGCACUUUAUUUUCUGUGCUCCUCGAAAUCACCACCACUCCAGCACUCCGUUUUCUCCUGCUGAAUAAAGUGAUUACUGAGUCACCAAAUCCUGCUGUCAAAAUGACAGAGACACAGAUUGAACCCCCAUGCAAACUGCAUCGUCUGUUCAGGAUCUAUGAUUCAGAGGUUGUAGCGGUAAUGACAAUAUUACUUGGAGUGUUCCAAGCACUACUGGGACUUCCAACUUACUACUUGAGCAUCAACAUACAUACAUUAUACAUGUGUCCGGUUUUUGUCGGGGCAGUAUAUGUAGCUGGAGGAUCUAUGGCAAUGGCAUGUGAAAGAAAUCCUAGCAGGAAGAUGGUGAAGAACUGUUUGUAUGCCAGUGCUUUUGGGCUGUUGAUGGGGUUGUGUGCCAUUGCUGUUUAUGGCUAUGCAGUCAAUGACUUUAAGUCUAUUGAAAUCUGCGAAGUGAAAAGGUCUCUCUUUGAUGAUUGUCCACAACAUGGAGUCGUUGAAUAUUUCAAAUCAAUCUCAGCACUGCUUUUGAUCUAUGAUAUGGGAGCGAUUACUCUUCAAGGUCUGCUUUUAUUUUCAGCAAUGAAAGCUUUGAAAGCAAAAUGAAAAGAAAAACAUGGUUAUAAUGCACCACAAUAAUAACAGAUAUACUGGAAUAACUGAUAAAUUCAAAAGAAAUGUGAUGUAUAACUCACUGUUUGUUUAUAUACUCUUUUAUGUUAUACUUCUUUUGUAAUGAAAAAAUGGUGUGUGACGAAAAAUGUUAUGUGGAGACUGCACAAACUUUACACAUAGGUUGCAUUUGAUUAUAUCAAUUCUAAUUAUAGAAAUUAUAUAUAUUAAAGUUUGUUUUUAAAUCAA